UUUCCAAGACCGCGUGUAUAGUGUAUACAACGCUGGUCUAGCCGAGAUGGCCAGGAAGGCACCAGCCAACGAUUGCGAGAUUGGUGGAUCAAGCAUGAGCCGCAGAGCCAAGAACCCCGGCAUCCAAACCAUUAGCCCCAAAGAGCCAAACAGCCGAGACAAGACAGGAUACAAAAUCGAAGCUCGCGCUGCUGCGGAUGCCUUGGGCGACAUGCAGGCGGCUUCGCAGCAGGAGCUACAGGACAUCCAAGAUCUGAUGAGGCUGAAGGACACGGACCCAGACCAGUUCGCGGAGUACGUGCAAAUGGCCGCGGAUGCUGCCAAGCUAGCCGAAGAGCGACCAGACGUCUUCGACCAGCUCAUGCGAGGCGACGGAGCAACAGGGGACGAGUAUUUGACCGCCGCCCGGGCGGAAAAAAGGCGGGCCAUGGAUGCAGCGUCUGAGCUAACCGGCGCCAGCAAGAGAAAAGGCGAGAGCAAGGACGGUGUGGACAUGGACAUCAAUCUACCCGGCGGGGCCAAGCUUGGCGCAGGGGGAGUGAAGGAAAAAACGAACGGCAUCGUGAUUUCACCGCGGCCUGGUUUCGUUAUCAAGACGAAGUUGGUUGACAAGGGCAUGAAAGUGUUCGUCAACGUCUGCCAGCACGAGCGCAUCGGCGAGUCGAGCAUGGUCAAGAAGCUAGACAAGGAAGGCCAAGAGGUGGAAGGCUUGAACAUCCCGAUGAGCGUAGGACCUCCGUCCGUAGACAAGGACAACGCCGGGCUAGAGUGCAUCGUGUAUGACGUCAUCAUCAACCCGAAGACUAUCGAAGAGUGUGGCGCGGACAAAACCGGUGGCCAACGGGAUUGGGUGUGCCACUUGGCGAUGCAGUCCGUCAUGUCCAAGCACGACUGCCGGCUAGACCCCAAAUACAAGCUACCGAAGUUAACCUUCAAAGGCAACAAAGAAGAGGGGCCGGCGAAGCAGAGGAUCAGAGACGACUCUGUCAGGCCACAGAUAAGCGAGGUCCGUGCAGGCGGCGGCAAGGAGCAGCCUACGGGGACCUCCACCGCCGCCGGUGGAAAGGGCGGGAUGCGAUCGACAGCUGGAGGGUCAGCGAGGAAACGAGCCUCGACUAUUCCGGUGACAGCGCUCAAGUCGACCGUGACGGCCGUUUGGUCUCGUGGUGGUGGAGGGCUUACGGAGGAGCGGGAGUCCGACGUCAGCGCUACAUCUCUGGAAAAUACCGUGCGAAUACCUCUGGAGCAUUGGCCGGACUUACUGGUCGUGAAUGCCGCUGGGCUGAGACCGGACGCCCUCGCCCCUGAUGCUCUCGACAAGAUCGGAGUCGAAGCAUCGGCGUACGAGGUCACCUUGAAGGCACCGGGUCAUCUUCAUUUGCAGGCAAUCGCGCGCGUCCGGCUGCCCUAUGCCGCACUCCCAGCCACGGCAUCCGCCGAAACAAACAGCCACGAGGGCACCCUAGUCGUAAGCAUCGAUGUCGACAAGUCAGACCCCACGAAACGAGCGGAUGUCGGGUCCAAGCCGUGGCUACUCUCGAGCGCGCUGGAGGGCGGUGGCGAGCGAAAGGCAGGGCGGGUGUCAGGGGGAGGGGGCGUAACGGCGUCUAGCUCUGCGAAAGGCGGGAAGGGCUCGGAAGACGGCGAUGAUGCUCUGCCGGAGGAUCGCUUCCAUCUCAGGCUGCCGCCGGGGGUAAACCAAUACACUGGAGCCGCGGAGGGGGACGAUGCGGACAACAACCACGACCUCCUACCCGAAGGAGUAGAUCGAAAGCAAGAAGAAGAGCCGAUUGGCGAGGGAGAAAGCCUGCCCGAGGAGCGGUUCCACAGAGCUGACAUCGUCUCGCAGCACAUGAUCGACACUCGCGAACAACAGCGGAAAGAAAAAAUCGACCGUGCGGAAAAGGAGAGAGAGGCCAGGAAGAAGCAGCCUCAAGACGACGGAGUAGAGUACGUAGACUUCGACGGUAAGAUUGAACCAAAGUAAAGCGUGCCCAAGCAGGGAGUUCCAUGUAAAUUGGUGCCAAGAGUGAACCCACAUUACGCUUGCCGAAGGGGAGUCCCAUUAAUGUUGAUGGGGAGAAGUGAAGCUAGAUAUGGCUUUGCCCAAACAGGGAGUCCCAUGUAAAUUGACGCCAAGAGUGAACCCACAUUAGGAUUGCCGAAGCAGGGAGUCCCAUGCAUAUGAUCGUAAGAGUAAGAACCCGCACAGGAUAGGGCGUGCCCAAGCAGGAAGUCUCAUGGUAUAUCGAUGGGAACAGUGAAACCCAGAUAAGACUUGCCAAGGACGGCGUUGCAUAGAGACUAUGUAGUAUCUACGAGAUUCGCAGGAGGUAUGCACCCAAUGUUUGCCAUCUGCUGGGUUUUUCCAACAAUGAAGAUGAAGCGAUUCUUCGAGGAGAAGCCCGUUUACUGUUUCACUCUUUGACCGGGCUAUGCGAAUCUCUCUGAAGCUUCGCCCUGCUCUGUAUGUUGCCCUCCCGUGUGCUGUCGAGGUCGUGCCAUAGAUUUGUUUUUUAUUCAAGGCGCAUGAGUGUCUGUGUGUGUUGUGUGAGUUUUCGUCCUAUUUUUUAUGGCGACAGUAACCCCAUUUUUCGUGGUGAGACGU